AUGAGAAAAAUCCCAGGAUCCUGGAUAUCACCCCUGUCUCCUUCACAGGUUAUUCUGCAGAACCUUCUCUUCUGUGUCAUCCUGUUCUACACAGUGUACUAUGCGUCUCUGAGCUUGUGCAGCCUGACGCUCAAGGUGUAUGAAUUGGAUGUUCUGGCACCAUUCGAUUUCAAAACCAACCCUUCAUGGCUGGACACAAAUUAUAAAGUUCUUUUAUUCUCAACAGAAGUCACCUACUUUUUUUGUGGGCUGCUUUUUGCUCUGAUUGUAGAAGAAUGGGUUUGGGAUUAUGCUAUCUCAGUAACUGUUCUUCAUGUUCUCGUCACUUCUGCUGUUAUGUUGGAAUUCCCCUCGACAUCGCAUUGGUGGGCCGCUUUAGGUAUGUUGGAAUUGCUCUGUUUAGAUGCUCUGAUGUACAAAAAUAAUGUUGACUAG